AUGAAGUUCUCCGUCGCUUCUGCCGUCCUGGCCUCCAUCGCCUCCGUCUACGGUCACUACACCUUUGACCAGCUUGUUGUCAACGAUGCCCUCGAGGGAACCGCCAACACCUACAUUCGCAAGCACCAGAACGGCUACAUGCCCACCAAGUUCAAGAACCCUCCUUCCGGCUCCAUCACUCCUCUCGACGCCGACUUCUCCUGCAACAAGGGAGCCGUCCCUGCUGCACAGGUCUUCAAGGUCAAGGCUGGCGACAAGGUUGGCCUGAAGAUGGCAUACGGUGGUACCGGCAUGGCACACCCCGGACCUUCCCAGGUCUAUGUCAGCCCCGUCGAUAAUGCCGCCAGCAGUGACGGCAGCGGUGACUGGUACAAGAUCCACCAGACCCUGAUUUGCAAGGCUGGAAGCGCUGAGUCGCUGCGCACUGAUGCUUGGUGCACCUGGAUGGAGGACCAAGUUUGGUUCAACGUGCCUUCAUCCAUCCCCGAUGGCCAGUACCUCGUCCGUGGCGAGCACAUUGGUCUCCAUGGCGCCCACGGCGGCGAGGCCGAGUUCUACUAUGCCUGCGCCCAGAUUGAGGUUGCUGGCAACAGCGCCACCAGCAUGCCCGGCCAGAGCGUCAAGAUUCCCGGUGUCUACAAGGAGUCCGACGAGGCUGUCAACUUCAGCCUUUGGGGAUCUUCCACCUCAUACCCCGUCGCCCCUGGUCCUGAUGUCAUUCCUGGUGGCACCAUCCGUGGUACUGCUGAUGGCGCCACUGGCGAUGUUACCGAGACCGUCGCCGGUGGCGAGUCGGACUCUGGCUCUGCUCCUGUCGAUACUCCUGCCCCUACUUCCGCCCAGGACGAUACUACCGCUCCUGCUGCCACUUCUGCUGCCCCUGCUCCUAAUGCCACUGGUUUCGACACUGAUGCCGGAUCAGCCAGCCCCUCGACCGGCUCUGGCCGCGGAUGCUCUUCCGGCUUCCAUGCUCGCCGCAUGAGGUCUCUGAAGGCUUAA